CUACUUUACCUCACUUUAUGUCACAAGGAGGACGAGGAGGUUGAUGGUUCUAGGUUGUCUACUGGCAUUGUUCGCUUCUCUUUCCCCAGCUAUGGCAGCGCAUAGAGAAAGAACCUUUCUAAUGGUAAAGCCUGAUGGUGUCCAACGUGGUCUUGUCGGUGAAAUAAUUCAGCGAUUUGAAAGAAAGGGAUUCAAGUUGGUUGGUAUGAAAUUUUUACAGGCUGACGAAGCACUCCUAAAGAAACAUUAUGAAGAGCUGGCAGGUCGACCUUUCUUCAACGGCCUCGUUAAGUACAUGCAGAUGGGUCCCGUAGUUGCCAUGGCAUGGGAAGGUCUGAAUGUUGUGAAGACGGGCAGGGACAUUAUUGGAGCCACCAACCCCAUGGAAUCGAGCCCAGGUACCAUUCGUGGUGAUCUCUGCAUUCAGGUCGGAAGAAACAUCAUCCACGGCAGUGACUCUGUCCCCAGUGCCGACAGAGAACUGGCAUUGUGGUUUGACUCGAAAGAGCUUGUUUCUUGGAAGCAAGAAAUGGAAACCUGGAUUUACGAAGAAACUAAAUAGCAUUUUCUCCAGAAUAUUCAGUGGACCGCAGGUUUUCGGGAUCAAUAUUAGUAAUUUAGAAAACUUGUUUCACAGAUUUCUGUGAUAUCUUUUUUUUUUUAAUUUACAAAGUCCUGCUGUAUCCAAGAAAUUAUUGCACUUUGUGUUAAAUAAAACUUGGGUCACUUGAAAAGAAAAUUUAAUUAUACAGUAA